GGAGCGCGGAGCCAGCGAGGCGGCGGCGGCACAAAAUGGCGGCGGCGGCGGGAGGYGGCGGCCCCGUAGGCCCUCAGGCGGCCAGCGCGGUCCCCGCUCCGGUCCCGGGCCCCGGCGCGGUGCUGAUCGGCGACCGGCUCUACUCGGGCGUGCUGAUCACGCUGGAAAACUGCCUKCUCCCCGAGCACACGCUGCGCUUCACGCCGUCCAUGAGCAGCGGCCUCGACCCGGACACCGAGACCGAGCUGCGCGUCACCGGCUGCGAGCUCAUCCAGGCGGCCGGGAUYCUGCUGCGACUGCCGCAGGUGGCUAUGGCUACAGGACAGGUGCUAUUCCAGCGUUUUUUUUAUACCAAGUCUUUUGUGAAGCAUUCCAUGGAGCAUGUGUCCAUGGCCUGUGUCCAUCUGGCAUCCAAAAUUGAGGAAGCCCCCAGACGCAUUCGGGAUGUGAUCAAUGUGUUCCAUCGCCUCAGACACCUGAGGGAGAAAAAAAAACCUGUGCCUCUAAUAUUGGAUCAAGAAUAUGUGAACUUGAAGAAUCAAAUAAUUAAGGCAGAAAGAAGAGUGUUGAAGGAGUUGGGAUUUUGUGUCCAUGUGAAGCACCCUCACAAGAUAAUCGUUAUGUACCUUCAGGUAUUAGAAUGUGAACGUAACCAACACCUGGUCCAGACCUCAUGGAAUUACAUGAACGACAGCCUGAGAACAGAUGUUUUUGUGAGGUUCCAGCCAGAAAGCAUUGCCUGUGCCUGCAUUUACCUGGCAGCCAGGACACUGGAGAUCCCACUUCCAAAUCGCCCACAUUGGUUUUUACUGUUCGGAGCAACGGAGGAAGAAAUUCAAGAAAUCUGCUUAAAAAUCUUGCAGCUCUACACGAGGAAAAAGGUGGAUUUAUCUGAUCUGGAAAGUAAAAUAGAGAAGAAGAAAUUGGCUAUUGAAGAAGCAAAAGCACAAGCUAAAGGUCUGGUACCUGAGGGAGUCCCGAGCUUGGAUAACACAUCGGGAUUUUCCCCUAUYCCAAAAAAUGAGUCUCCAAAAGAGGUUAAAGGAAAUAAACCUUCACCGCUACCUGUGCAGGCAAUGAAGAAUGCUAAAAGGAAAACAGAGGGAGCCAAAAGAACCAGCUCCAACAGCCCGGUGAACGGUGUCCAGAAAGGAAGGGAGAGCAGAAGUCGAAGCGGAAGCCGAGAUCAGAGUUACUCGAGAUCACCGUCRAGGUCUGCAUCCCCAAAGCACAGGAAAAGUGAGAGUUACUCCACAUCCAGCGGCUCCAAAUCUCACAGCCGCUCACGGAGCCGCAGCGAUUCCCCUCCGAGGCAAUUCAACCACAGCUCCGGCUACAAAGGCUCCAAAGUCCGCAGCUACAAGAAAUCCAAAGACUACAAAUACUCCGCUCACAAAGCGCGCAAAUCGCGCAGCCGGAGCUCGUCCCGCUCGCGCAGCCGCUCCCGCGAGCGCUCCGACCACUCGGGCAAGUACAAGAAGAAGAGUCACUACUACCGCAACCACCGGCACGAGCGCUCCCGCUCCUACGAGCGCGCCGGGCACCGCUACGAGCGCGAGCACCCGGGCCACAGCCGGCACCGCCGGUGA